UUGGUGCAUCCCCCGUUCCACCGGGUCACCGGGCUGUGCUGCAACCCACGGGGAGCCUGUCGGGUCGUGUCCGGUGAAGCGUAGAACGCACCGGGCCAAAGCGCACGGCUCAAGGCGACCGCUCAAUGGCUGGAUUUGGAUGGUUGAAGCCAGUGGUUUCCAAGCUUCCAAGCUAGUUGGCUUGUUUCUGUUGUGCCCAAGAACUGCUUGAAAAAGACACAGAACUCAGACCUGCAAGCCGAAUGUUCCAUGGCGGAUGCUGAUCCGUUUUCCGGCUGGACCGUGACCGAGCGAUCGAGGAUCUCAAAAGUCCAUUCCAAAUCGGUGCUACGGCGAGCGGGUGCAAAUGUGGCUGGACCCGUCCGGUCGGAUGGAGGCGACGAACACCCCCAGCCGAGCCCGCCAGGGCGGCGGCCGCCAUCGGAUGGUGGCUACGCAGCGUUCAAGGCUCGAUUUGACAGAGAAUAUCAACAGCAAGAACGAGCUCAGAGCAUGGCCAUUUGCCGUCGACAGCGGCAGGUCUUGGAGGCUCUACAGGAUGACCGGCCGACUUGGGAGCCCCGGCUGGCACGGGCAGCCAAGGCAGAAGCAGAGGAGUUCUUUCGACUGAUGCGUACAGCAUCGGAGCAGCAAGCCAGUUGUGCUAGUUUGAUGGCCCGAAAGCCACGACCAACAGAGCCCUGCGAGGAACCACAGGAGGAGCUACCCGUGGUCCCUCGCUCUUGGGCUGAGCAACAGGCCCGAGCAUGUGCUUUGGCUGAGCCACGGCGCCGCGCCUCCGCACCGGCGGACACUGGGAGGUCCACACCGCCCCGGAACAGCUCGCAGCGCCGAAUGCUCGCAGCGGAGCAGCAGCGGCGCGUGGCGGCGUUGGCGCAGCCGCGGAUGCCGAAGAGCGAUUGGAUGGAGGAUUUGUGGCCACGAGGCCUUUGGCGGGAUGAGCUGAUGUCUAAGGCCGCCGCCUUGGUGCCGGAAGAAGUGCAGGCUGCACGCCUUCUUUUGGAGAAGAUGCGCCGCCGGCCACGAUCCGGCAAAGCAGCUCGUUCAGAGGCACCCAGUGCCAGACCGGAGGUGCAGGAAGAGCGCCUUCGGCUCAAGGAGGUGGUCGAAGAAGUCUUAUGGGUGGCCCUCCUGCAGGUCCGCAGCUGUCCAAAGCAAGGCGGCCUGCAGGAGAGGUUGGGAAGCUUGUUGAUCUCGACUAUUGGACCUGCCUUGCGGCCUGUGGCCCGCCGGUUGCUGGCUCCUGGUCAGGUGCUCCCACGGCGCCUACGGGCCGAGUUUCCAAAGCUCGCUCGACAUCUCUGCUUCCGCGACUCGGAGGACAUGGAGGUCCCCGUGUCCUCUUGGCAAGAUGAGGCGACUUUUGGGGUCAGAUGUUCCUUCCAGUACAGUAGAAAGCCUCAGGGUUUCUCACCGGCCUUUUCGGUGAGAUCUUGGAUGAUCUUGGGUCUUGGGCUUGUGUUUACAAUGCCUUUUGAUGACUUGGCAGCUUUAGAAGUUACACCACAGCAGAGGAAGAAGGCUCAAUGAAAUACCUUUUGUAUCCUUUUGUGAUGAGAACUGCUCCUCUUCGAAUCCUGUGAAAGGACCUGGCAAUGCAUCUCCGCUAUGCAAGGGAGUGCCGUGACACCAUGCUAGCGAUGGACCUGACCAAGGACUGGACGGGCAGCCAGUGAGAUGGACAACAAAAACGGUUUAUUGGACUGGAAGGGUCGAUUAUGAUUCGAGGGCAUGAAAUCAAUUGCUCAUGUUGCUGGGGGCGUCCCUUGUUUGAAGUCGUUGGAGUGGGAAGUUUUGCCAGGGGAAUGGACAUUGGACACUGAUGAACAAACUCACCACUUGAGCCGGGUGCUGUUGCAGUUGCAACUACUAUGCUCACUCUGGCCAUGUGGUGAAAAGGGAUGACCGGGGAGGUUUGCCUCAGCCGCUUGGGCAGGAUGCCGUUGCCAGGCUGGUUGAAGGAAAUCGGGAGUUUGGACUCCAGCCAGCAGAAGGGUGAGCCAAUUCAAGUGUUUCAUGACAAACAGAAAUGUCGACACCAGCCGCACAUAUCAGCGAG